CUUACCGGUCAGCUCCGCCCCUCUGACGCGCAGCAGCCUGCGCACAGUGCGCAGCUCCUCCGGUUGUCUCUAGUCUUCUUCGACAAGUGGAGCAACACGGCAGAGGUCAGACACAGUGCAAGUAAAGUCUAACUGAUAAGGAACUAGGAAGGCUGUCCUGUGAGGACUGUUAGAGACACACGAAGAGCUCCGGAGGAAAGGUUGAACUGGUGAGACAUGGAGGAGACGGGCGGUGUGACGGCGUACGGAGCUUCACUUGCUGGAGGAGGUUUCGACGUCAGCAAGUUUGUCCGACAACCUCAAACUAUCGUGCGGUUUCUCAGUUGGUUGUUUGCCUUGGUGGUGUUUGCCUGCAUCUCAACAGAGGGAUACAUCAACUCUCCCCACAGUCCUGAAGCAAAGUGCAUCUUUAACCAGAACGACUCAGCGUGUCAUUAUACUAUCUUCAUCGGGGUGCUCGCCUUCCUGGCAUGUGUGGGCUUCCUGGUUCUGGAUGUUUACUUGCCUUACAUGAGCAACGCACGGGAGAGGAAGUACGCUGUCAUUGCAGACCUGGGAUUCUCAGGGGCGUGGACCUUCCUGUGGUUUGUGUGUUUCUGCCUGUUGGCCAGUCAAUGGGGUAAAACUCAUGAAAUUGGAGGAAUACCAGUGGAUGCUGCACGUGCCACUGUGGCCUUCUCAUUCUUCUCUAUAGCAACAUGGGGGAUCCUCACCUACUUUGCUCUGGGUCGUUUCCGCAGAGGUGUAAAUGAAGUCAGCAUCCCGACCUACACAGAGCCACCACCGGAUCAACACACCCCUUACCCUCCAACCUACGCCCCCACCUCCUAUAACCCCACCACCUACAACCCCACCACCUACACCCCCACCACUUACACAGCUUAUCCCAGCAGCGUGCCCGACAUGCUUCCGCAGCCUCCCUUCACCCAGCAGCCCCAGCCGCAGGGAGAUACCGGUUAUCAGCCGCCAAACUACUGAGACAAAGGGAGGUCACGCGACAGGGAGGUGUCCCAGGUCAUCUGUUGGUGGACUGACUGUAGCUGCACUACACAGAUUCAGAUUCAUAUCAUAUUGAUGUGGUGUUAUAUUUGAUUCGACACACUUUCUAAAAUAUGUCCAAUCAAACCAAGAGAACCUGAGCAGUGCACCUGCAAGUCAGAGAUGAGGGACACACUGGUUCAAGGGUCGGUUCAGAUCUUAAGACUUCAGGCUGACUGUUAAGAUUAGCUCUGAUGAUUGAGUAAUCUGACUUUAGACCUUUGUGCAAAGAUGCAACUUUUACCUCAAAUCAGCUUAUCCUGAAGGGGAGAGGUGGUUGGAAUGUAUCCGGGAGUUCAGAGGUCACAGUACGUGACGUCAUGAAGAAAACCUGUGAACCCUCCAAUCAGAGAGGAGGAAUCCAACGCUUCACGUGCCCCUCUUUGCUCUCUGAUAGAAAUCUAUCAGAGAAGCUGCCAUUUUGAUGGUAGUAUGGUAGUAUGUGCCUGAUUUUCUUUUCUUCUUUGACGUGGUGAACUCUUCCACUCCAGUGUAUUUAAUUUGAGGACCUACAAACAGAUAAAGUCAAGAUACGGUGCAAAAAGACCACUACGAGCCAAAUGUUCUGUUGUGAUUUUUUUUUAUAAAGUAGGUCCUGUAAAGAUAAUUCAGUUAAGUUUGUUAGCCAUUAAACAUUACACUUACUAAGUUUAGCAAUAUUUGUGCUACAGGUUGUUGACCCUGAGAUUGUUAUCUAAACAAGCUUUUUUUAAAAGACCACUCUUGGCAGAAAGUGCCCUCGUUGAAGACCAUAUAAGUCCCUUCAUAUCUUUAUGUUGGUAAAACUGGGUUUAAUUAGCUCAUCUGUAGAGGUGUUAUUUAGUCAGUGUUGCCCUUGAGCAUGUAGCUAACACUGAGAUAGACAGGAGGGAGGAGCAUGUAGAUGACUGCACUUACUGAACAGGUUUAUCCAUCGAGGGUAACUUAUUAACUUCCAGCAACACGGCUCACUGCAGCAGAGCAGCCUCACGCCUCCUGCACGGCCUCUGUGACUUAAGUUCUUGUAAUGCUGAUGUGUAUCUCCUGUUUACAGGCACACUGAUCUUAACUGCUGAAGACAGACUGCAGCUGUAUGUGUUACAGCUGACAGGUUAACACCUCGGCCGGCUCUGGUGACCUUUAAAAGCAUUUCCUACUGGUUGCAUUGUGCCUGACUGUAACACAUUUGUUAGUUUUACACCGUAACAAUCUUGAACCAGCCCGGGGUAUUCUGGGUAUUGACGGAGCGUGAGCUGAAUUUAGAUCUGUGAAUGAAAGAUCAGACUUUGAAUGUGGGUAUAUUUAUUAAAUGUGACAAUGUUGUGGAUUCACAUUGAAGACAUUUAGGGAGUCAUUUUUGGUGAUAUUGUUGGUUUAGAGAAAAACAACUUACUGAGGCGUACUCUGCGACUACAAACACUGCUGUGGAUUUGUUAUGGAGUGAAAUUAUGAUUUGAUUUUGGGGAAGAAAAGUAAAUAAAAUGUGCCAUGAUUAAAUACUGAUGUUAUAUUUAUGCCAAACAGCUGUGCCUUAUGAUCUGUGCUAAAGUGAAAUCUUAAACACUUUAGUGAACAUUAAAAAUGAUUGUUAUCCUCUGUCGUUAAGAAUGCAGCUUCUCACCAACUUGAAUGACUUGACUGCUGGUUUUUAAACUGUCCGUGCACGUUGAAACUUCUGCAGUUAAUUGACUUGACAUCCAAAUGUACAUUUCAUUCAUGAGGCGCCUUGUUUUUAGUUGCAAGACUGAGCAAACUUUAAAAUCACUUCUUAAUUUGUGAUGGCUUCACUUUUUUUUUUAAAGACUGGCAGAAAAUACUGAUUACACUAUGGUUGGCUUCCUUUUCCCCCUCUCUGUACUUUUAUUGAACAUGGAGUCUGGAUGUUGCCAUGCGCCCCUUUGCUUUUGUUUGUCAUCAUGAAGCACAACAUCAAUUUACUUGAGACCUUUUGUUUGAAGAAUAAAAUGAUUCACUAGA